AUGGAUAUAGACAAUUCUUCAAUGUACGAUACGGAUGAUGGGCUCGACGACUGCUCCCCAGGUAGGAAACAAGGUAAACAGUCACACAUUCUUGCAGAGCAAAAAAGAAGGGAUGCUAUCAGACGUGGUUUUGAAGGGCUUCAAGAAGCUGUACCUGGUUGUGGUAUUGCCGAAGACCUCAAAUAUUACAAAAUGAGUAAAGCACAAAUACUGCAAAGAUCGUUGAAUCAUAUCAAUACCCUUUUACUAGAAAAACAGAUACAAGAUGAAGAACUUCAAGCUUUAGAAAAGGAAAUGAAAGCUCUUGAGAUAAUGAAAGAAAAUUAUGAGCAGCUUGUGAAAGCAAGCCAACCAGAACUGGAAAACAAAAAUGAAGUUACAGAGGAUGAAAAACUGGCAGUUUUCUUGAAAGUAAGCGGAUUCAUGUGGGAUUCAUUCAGAGAGGUUGUCUCUGUCUCCUCCUUUCAAGCAUUAUCAAGUUCUUUGUUUGGAUGGCUUGAAAAAUAUUGCAAGCCGCAACCCUUGAAUGAUACUGUUGUUAAUUCGAUGCGAUCAACAUUUGCUGAAAGGUAACGAUGUGGAAUACUUCAAACCAGACACAUAUUGUAAAGAAGUAAUAAAUUGUUAGGCGAAAAAGACAGAAAUUUCACCACUUUUUAACAAAUGCAGUCUGCUGACAUUAAGCCAAGUAUUUACCUGAGUAAUCUUUAUAUCUUACCAAUGAUAUAAAGGUUUUCAAGCUGUUUCCUUUAACAAAUGAUUCUACAUUA